AUGUCUGGAAGAGGCAAAGGCGGUAAAGGACUCGGAAAAGGAGGCGCUAAGCGUCAUCGUAAGGUUCUACGUGAUAACAUCCAGGGUAUCACCAAACCCGCCAUCCGUCGUCUCGCUCGCCGUGGUGGUGUCAAGCGUAUCUCCGGUCUGAUCUACGAGGAGACCCGCGGUGUGUUGAAGGUGUUUCUGGAGAAUGUUAUCCGUGACGCCGUCACCUACACCGAGCACGCCAAGAGAAAGACCGUCACCGCUAUGGAUGUCGUGUACGCGCUGAAGAGACAGGGACGCACACUGUAUGGUUUCGGAGGUUAA